UCUUUCCCAUCACAACAGUCGCUCUCCAACCUCCAGAGGAGAAGAGUUGAGUUACCACGCUGAUUACGCAACCACUUUCAUGCACUUUUACAUACACUUUGUUAUCUCGCUCACUUACCAAUUAUCAAGUGUACCAAGAUAGUUCCCGGAAAUUCCGGAAAUACACAACCACACAUUUUUACAACCUUACAAAUUUGAAACGAUUACGCCUAUUUCAUGAUAAUUCUCUUUCCGUUUUAUGAAAGAAGUCAUAUCCCGCCUGUGAUUACAAUACAAAUACAAAUACAAUUUUAACUCAAAAGUGAUAUUUCUAUUAAAAACAAACUAUAUAUUCAAGUGAUAUAUUCACGUACAUCGAUUCCAUACACUGCUCUUCACAAUGGCUUUGGAUCUAAGCAUGCUGUCACCACCCAACACACCACCAACUCGGGAAUGUUAUCUCGACAAGAAUGAGGUGGAGAUGGAACUUGUGGCACGCAGUCUACUUUCCAUCAGUCGGGGGAACAUUACCAAGGAUCGAGGGGGUCCAAUACCCACGGAUGAACACGGCUUCAGUCUGCCACUCACCCCACAAACGUCUGAUGCUGAGAGUGACAUUGAUUUGGACCAUUCUUCAAACGAUGGAUCUGUCAAGAGAAUGGAUGCAUCUGACUCCGAUCCGGAGUCUUCCCGUGCCUCGGUGAUAAUGCUGGCUCAUAAGGACGGGCGUUAUACUCGGGCAACUUGCGAACAGCAACAAGGAAAUCAACAAGACUAUCAAAAGUCGAAGCCAAACAACUACGGUUUCAACUGGAAGAAACAACGCGCUCUCAUAGAGCUAAGUGAAGAGCAAAAGGAGCUGACCCCACCUGAAGUGCCCCCAUCGAGAAAGACGACGGAAAUGACUAGUGGACACAGGGACAAGAACAUACCUUCUGGAAGGGGCGUGGUGGAAUUUGGUGGCGACUUCCCCCAAUUUCCCCCUUUGUCGCCACCAUCCAGCCGCGUCCCGAUAAACCCUCCAACCAUUCGUCCCAUUGCCCCCAAACUUAUGCCCAUGCUCACCCUUAUCCCCCUCAACAACAGCAAUGGUCAACACCAGAACCAUCAUCAUGCAGGGCAACCACAACAAUUUCUCUACAUGCCUGGAGGCGGAGACUUUAUGUUUCCACCCUUUCUGCUCCCAGGAGGGCCACAGCCCCAGCAUCUUCACAACAAUGCAGUGAUAACUUCAACCUUCUCAGCACAGCAACCAAUUACUAGCAGUAUUGCUGCUAUUAAUGCUGGAAAAAGCACUCCAGCCGCAGGAGUUCCUGAACGCAGACGAACCUACGCCUGCCUCAGGGAAGGGUGUGGAAAGACUUAUUACAAGUCAUCACAUCUUAAAGCUCAUGAACGCACUCAUACUGGAGAAAAACCUUUCGCCUGCACUUGGGACAGUUGUGGCAGAAAGUUUAGUCGUUCCGACGAACUUUCUCGUCAUCGCAGAACUCAUACAGGAGAAAAGCGAUUUCAGUGUUCCAAUUGUGGACGCCGUUUCCUUCGCUCCGAUCAUUUGGCAAAACACGCUAAACGCCAUUUGAAAGAGCAAAGAAAAACUGCGACUACUCGGGAAGCGCAAAUCGCACCGGCAGCAGCAUUCCGCUUCUUCCUGCCGCAAACGACUGAUAACUUCCCCAACCCCCAAUUUCCCCAAAUGCCUCUCCACCACAUGCCAAUGCGCAUUUAAGAUGUUAAAAAACGGUUGUAGUCCAAACAUAGACCUCAGUAGAAUUUAUUGCAAAUACGACAAACAUUACUGAUUUCGAAUUUUAAUUUCAUUGGGUUUAGUUGAAUUACUACAAAUGUAGUGUCCUAACUAGCGCUAUGCAUAUGCAUAUAUAACUAAUACUAAACUGAUAUAUAUAUUUGUAUGUUAUUGCAUGCAAUUUUUACCUGAUUCCGAUAGUUGUUGGUGCUAUUUAUACAUAAAUAAGGAUGUAUAAAUCCUGCUAAGUUGUUGAAGGUUAUUAGUAGCUAAAUAUUGUUCUUUGUCAAUGACCUUGCACGGCCAGUUUUAUCCAGUUUAUAUACUUUUUCUACAUUUUAACUAACCACAAUUUUCCACUUAUCUCUUCUACACUCUUACUUUUAAUUAUAAUUGUUAUAAUAAUAAUAACUAAUUUUAGGCUGGAUAAAUGCGACAGCAUACAUACAUAUGUAAACUACAAUAUAAACUAAACUAGUCAGUAUCUUAAGGCUCUGGGGUACAAAUUAAGUGAAAUGUAUCUACUUUUCUAUAUGCAAAUGUGUGUAUUUUCCAACUAAAACACUUCCAACUACUCUAUUUAUUAUUUUUAUUUACAUGGACAAUUAAUUAAUUAUGCAAUGACUUGAGAUGGUACACAAUACAUGUAUUAAAUGCGUAGUCUAAUUUAUAUUUUUAAAAUACAAUAAAAUAAUAAACAUCAAAGGAAUACAUUUACAGAAUA